AUGUCUUUUGAAGAAGUAACGGUAAUCAAGUAUCUUGAUAAAUUAAUCAAGCAUUUUGAAGUAAUCAAGAAUCAUCGUGAAAAUGAACGCGAAUCAUUCGUACCAAACAGUUUUAUAAUUGAUCGUCAAAAAACUAUCAAGAAUUAUCAUGAAAAUGGACUCGCACCCGUAAUCAAAGUUCCAUUUCCUCCAACUAUUACUCCAAAAGAAAUUAUUGUAGUCAAAAAUGGAAAAAUCCCAUCAAGGCCUCCAAACAGUUUUAUAAUUUAUCGUCGAGAAUUCCAAAAACAAUGUCAUAAGUUUGGAUAUUCAAAUAGUGUUGUUUCCAAAAUGGCAGCUGAGUCAUGGCGAAACGAGCCAUGGGAAGUAAAAAAUGCAUAUACAGAGCUUGCUAAAAAAGCGAAUCGUGGAUUAGUCGAAAUGCGUGCUGAAAUAAAUGCAUUAAAGUCAAACCAUUUACGUGUGCCAUUGAUCGUUUCUCCCAUUUUGUCAGAAAUGGAGAAAUUAUUAUCAAAUAUACCAUUGAAUAAUUCCCUUGCUUCUCCCAUUUCGUCAGAAGCUGGUGAAUUUUCUCCAAACAAUCAAAUUCAUUCUGAAACUAAUCAUUCUUUAUCUUCGAAACAUUCAUUGAAUGUUUCUCUUGCUUCCCCUAUUUGGUCAGAAACUGGUGAAUUUCCUUCAAAAAAUCAAAUUUACUUUUCUGAAACUAAUCAUUCAUUAUCUUCGAAACCUUCACAUAUAGUAUUGAAUAAUUCUCUUGCUUCCCCUAUUUGGUCAGAAACUGGCGAAUUUCCUUCAAACAAUCAAAUUUACUUUUCUGAAACAAAUCAUUCACUAUGUCCGACAAUUUCACAUAUAGCAUUGAAUGAUUCUCUUGCUUCACCCAUUUCAUCAGAAAUGGGUGAAUUUCUUCCUAACAAUCAAAUUCAAUUUUCUGAAACCAAUCGUUCAUUAUAUUCGAUAAUUUCACAUAUACCAUUGAAAAAUUCUCUUGCUUCUCCCAUUUCAUCAGACAUGGGUGAAUUUCCAAACAAUCAUAUUCAUUCACCUAGCCAUUUUCCUUCUAAUGUAGACGAUCAUUUACAUUUAGCAAAGAACUAUCUACAGAACGUUAAUAAUAACAAUGCGUUGUCUACGGAAAUUCUCCAAGUUGAAGAAAUCAAUCAAUUAAGUGACUAUCUAUAUUCAAAUGCAAUAGAAAUGAUAGUGAAUAGAGAUUGUAAUGAAACAAUCAAAGAUCCCUUGAAUUGCGAAGAAAUUAAUUACAUCGAUAUUCACUCAUUUAAUGAUUUGGUUUAA